AUGGAGUCGCUAAAGCUCUACAACUCGCUCAAGCCCGGCGCCCCAGUGCCAUUUGUCCCUAUUGAGAAGGGCAAGGUCUCUUGGUAUGCCUGCGGUCCUACCGUAUACGACAAGAGUCACUUGGGUCAUGCUCGCAACUAUGUCUCGACAGACAUUAUCCGUCGUAUCCUGAUGCACUACUUUGGCUUCGAGGUCAAGUUUGUCAUGAACAUUACCGAUAUUGACGACAAGAUCAUCAUCAAGGCCCGACGACAGCGGUUGCUCGAACUUGAGAAGAACAAGAACUACUCCGAGGACGAACUCCGAGACCUCGCUUUGGCUGCUUUUCAAGCUUACGCAAAGAGCAGCUUGCCUCUGUUGCUCAAGGAUGGAGAAGAUAUUGAUGCGACCAACUAUGCCCAGCGAAGGGAAACAGGAUACGGCCAUGUGCUUGCAGGUGGUACGAUUUCUGGCGAGGGCAAGCCUGGAGACGAUGAGGCCAAGGUCAAGAUGCACCUUAGCAACAUGACUUCUGCCGCUGAAGCCAUUGCUUCGGGCGAGAUAUUCCCUGGUACCGAUGAGAUUCUGCUGCCUUACCUUGAUUCACUUUACAAAGAGACGAUCGACACCGGGGAUCAGACCAUGUUCACGGAUCUGACUCAGAGCAUGGAGAAGCUGUUUAUGGACGAUAUGGAUGCGCUAAACGUCCUCCGACCUAAUGUCAUCACUCGUGUCACCGAGUACGUUGAUCAGAUUGCCGACUUUGUCAAGGCAAUUGUCGAUAAGGGAUUCGCCUACGAGGCUGAUGGAUCAGUCUACUUUGACAUCACUGCUUUCGAGAAAGCCGGAAACACUUAUGCCCGACUACGCCCUGACAACCGAAACGACAAGUCUCUCCAAGAAGAGGGCGAGGGAUCACUUUCCAAGGGUCUCAGCGGAAAGAAGAACCCUGGUGAUUUCGCUUUGUGGAAGAAGUCCAAGGCUGGUGAGCCCUUCUGGGACAGCCCUUGGGGAAAAGGUCGUCCCGGAUGGCACAUCGAGUGCUCUGUGAUGGCAGGAGCUGUUCUAGGAUCUAAUAUGGAUAUCCAUUCCGGUGGUAUUGAUCUUGCAUUCCCACAUCACGACAACGAGUUGGCGCAGAGCGAGGCUUACUUCUGCGAGCACGGCAAGGGUGAGCACACAUGGGUCAACUAUUUCCUCCACAUGGGCCACUUGUCUAUCUCUGGUUCCAAGAUGUCCAAAUCCCUCAAGAACUUCCAAACCAUCCAGGAUGCGCUUGCUACAACCUACUCAUCGCGAGGCAUGCGAAUUGUUUUCCUGAUGGGCCGAUGGAACGAUGGUGUUGAAAUCUCACCCGACAUGAGAUUGCAGGCUGACAACUGGGAGUCAACCAUCAGCAACUUCUUUAUCAAUGUCAAGGCAUUGCUUGCCGAGGCUGGUAUCACACAGGGAGUCAAAUCUCUGUCUCUGAGUGCUGAUGGCAAAUCAAGCGAGGGACUUUUGGGUGAGCUGGAGCAGGCCAAGCAGGAGUUCGAGGGUGCCAUGACCAACUCAUUCGACACACCAAAGGCCAUGUCGGUUAUUCUCAAGCUGGUCAACACUGCCAAUGUUCACUUGAGAGAUAACAAGGACGCCGACCUUGUCGCUCUCGAGUCUAUUGCUCGAUGGAUCACCAAGAUUGUUGGUAUCUUUGGUCUUGACUCAAAUGCAUCGCCCCCAUAUGAGGGUCUUGGCUGGGCGACAACCAUCGCUUCUGAUGUCGAGCCUAAGACAGCUGUGCAGCCUUAUGCCGAUGCCUUUGCCAAGGUCAAGUCAGACGUUUCUAGUCUGUCCCUUGAAAGCGGAGAGAUCUCUUCAUUGCUCGAGCAAAACCCCACAUCUGAGUUUGAGUCAAUCGCAGCUGGUGGCUCGCGCGACCCCGAGCAAUUGGCCAUGCCAUACCUUCGUGCCGUCUCCAAGCUUCGAGAUGAACUUCGAAGCAUUGUUGGCAACCAAAAUCCUGACACGAAAAAGGCUAUUCUAGCCUUGACCGACCGCAUUCGUGACGAUGACCUUACCAACUUGGGAGUGUACCUUGAUGACAGACCUGAUGGCCAAGCCUCUCUGAUCAAGUUCAUCCCAGCCGCUGAACUGAUUGCUGCCCGUGAAGAAAAGGUCGCCCAGGCUGCCGAGAAAGCGCGAAAGAAGGAAGAGGCCCGUCUUGCACGUGAGAAGGCAGACCAAGAGGCCCGCGAAAAGGCCAAGGUCAGACCUGAGGACAUGUUCAAGGGCGAUGAGAGAUAUAGCGCCUGGGAUGAGCAGGGCAUGCCUACUAAGAUGAAGGACGGAACCGAUGUGCCCAAGAGUCAGCUCAAGGGCUUAAAGAAGCAGUGGGACCGACAGAAGAAGGCCCAUGAUGAUCUCAAGGCCAAGGGAUUGUUGUAG